AUGUCAAUCUCGGCCAAAUCCCCCGGCGAGUACUUGCUGAUUCGGAAUGCAGUCGAAAAAGAGAGGCUAGAAUUGCAAUUCAAGGCGUGGCAGGCUAACAUCGGGUACCUGCUACAUCCUGCCAUUACACAGCAUGAUCAUAUGUGCAUUGCAGAUGUCGGGACAGGGACGGGUAUCUGGCUACAAGAACUCGCAAAUAUCCUUCCAAACUCCUGUCAACUCGAUGGAUUCGACAUCUCCGAUAUUCUACUUCCCGAUAAAUCCAGCCUGCCAGAGAACAUCACCUUCUAUCUCCAGAACUUCCUUCAGCCAUUUCCAGAGGAAUUCAUUGGAAAAUACGAUGUUGUCAAUGUUCGAGUAAUGGUAGUCGCACUGUCCUCUGACGAAUGGGAGCCUGCGGUCCGGAAUUUGAUGACUCUAUUGCAUCCUGGUGGCCAUUUACAAUGGGUUGAUUGCGCAGCCCAUGAGUGCAUCGUGAAAGCACCCGAGGGCACCAAUCCCGUCAACGCCAAUCGUGGCAUGGAUUUGUUCCGUAAGACCAUGAAUGCCCUUGGAAAGACACCAAAUACUGCUGCCUUACAUGGCAUCUUCCAGAAAAGCGGACUGGAUGCUUGUGAAGAGCAGAUCUUUACGCUCACGAACCCCGAGGUUCGUGACAAUCUUAAUUUCUCAGUGGCUACUGCAAUUGCGCAUUGUCUUACAGCCGCUCUGAAAUUGCACAAGUUGGAGGACAUGCAAUCUGAAGAUGAGAUUAGGAAUUUGAAAGAAGGGAUGCUGGAAGACCUUCGUAGUACUCAUUGCUGGUUUUGCUAUGAUGUUUAUGUUGUGGUUGGCCGGAAGUCUUGA